UGUGGGGACCCUUUCGGGGCAGAGGAUGGCCUCUGCCUGGGCCAGGGGAGACCUGGCAUCAUUGGUGUGGGGAGGGAUGGCUUUGCUGUGGGAAGGAACUGGUGAGAGGCCUCAGGGGAGGGUGGACAGUGAGGACAGCUGGGCCUGGGUCCUCCCCCCCCCCACACCGACUGGAAGGAAAGAUCCUGCCCAGCCUGGCCCCGCCUGCCUGCUGGCGGUGUGCCCACCCAGCCAGUCCUGCCCCUGCUGGGCUCCCAAACUGUUUUCCCCUUUCAGAAAGGGCUGGUUGUGAAAGACUGAUCCGGAGAGAUAAGCGGCCCAUUGGCAAACAGGCGCUGCCCCUCCCAGGCCAUCGAUCCCCCAGGCUGUUUUGGGUGUUGUGCCCGUGGCCUUGCUUGUCUUUGAAACGGCAGUGGGCUGCGUGUGGACGCUCCUGGGAACAUGUGGGUGUCCUCCUCAGGAGGGGAGGGCAGCAUCCAGCUGGAAAAGACCAGGAACCCAGCCUUACCAGCAUCUGCGGCGUCGCUGUGGGCUACCCGCUGGACAUGGUGAAGGUCAGGAUCCAGACGGAGCCCAAGUACACGGGCAUUUGGCACUGUGUCCGGGACACGUAUCGCCAAGAGCCGGUGUGGGGCUUCUACCGGGGCCUCUCGCUGCCCGUGUGCACCGUGUCCCUGGUCUCAUCCGUAUCUUUUGGCACCUACCACCACUGCCUUGAUCACAUCUGCCGGUUCCGGUACGGCAGAGCCGACGCCAAGCCUGCCAGGACAGACGUCACGCUCUCCGGGUUUGCCUCUGGCCUUGUCCGUGUGUUCCUGACCUCACCCACUGAGGUGGCCAAGGUCCGCCUGCAGACGCAGACGCAGCAGCAGCGUCCCUCGGCAUCGUGGCCCUCGGCUGUGCCCAUCUGUGCUGCGCCCCCUCAAAGUCCAGCGCUUGCACCCAAGUACCGCGGGCCACUGCACUGCCUGGCCACAGUGGCCCGUGAGGAGGGCCUGCGGGGUCUCUACAAGGGCAGCUCAGCCCUGCUUUUCCGGGACAGCCACUCCUUUGCCACCUACUUCCUCUCCUACGCCAUCCUCUGCGAGUGGCUCACCCCCACUGGCCACAGCCAGCCAGGUGUCUCGGGUGUGCUGGUGGCCGGUGGCUGUGCAGGGGUCCUGGCCUGGGCCGUGGCCACCCCCAUGGACGUGAUCAAGUCGCGCUUACAGGCAGAUGGACAGGGCCAGCAGCGCUACCGAGGCCUCCUGCACUGUGCGGUGACUAGUGUGCGGGAGGAGGGGCCGCGUGUCCUUUUCAAGGGGUUGACACUCAACUGCUGCCGAGCCUUCCCUGUGAACAUGGUGGUCUUCGUCACCUAUGAAGCCGUGCUGAGGCUCACCCGGGGCGUGCUCACAUAGUGGUCCCCACGUCCCAGGGGCCAACCUGCCAGCAGCUGCCAGAGGUCAUGGUAGCUGGAGGAAGUGAAGGGGCAUGUGGGGUCUGGGCCCAUGGGGCCAUCACCCAGGACAGCUGGAGCUUCCCUGAGGCCUGAGCUUGGCCUGCCCAGUUCCAGACCACAAGCAGGUCAAGGGGACCAUCUGCCAUCAGCCCGGGGCUGGCCCUGAGGGUCACGAGCCAGGGAGGAGUGGGUCUCCUGGAUGAGGAAUCCAUCACGUGCAGGCAUCUGGGCAUUUGGUCCUUGGUUCAUUCCAGUUUCCCUGUCGCCUCUGCCUGCCACCCUGUGACCUCAGAGCAGCCCUGCGCCUGCACCUCCACCUGUCUCCUCGGCGGCCUGCUCAGCCAGCCCCUCCUCUUGCCCCCACUCAGCUCUGCUGCUAUUGAGUGGGCUUCAUGCUGGUCCCUUAGACGCAGCCAACAGGCCCUGCCAGAGGGGACGAGGUGCAGCUGCCGGGCUCCUGGCCUGCUCAUUCCUGCAUAGGCUGCUCAGAGGUGCCGCUGGGACAGCCGGCGAGCUGGGUGGGCUCUGGUCACCCACCCUCGCUCUGCUUGUAGGCCCUGCGGAAUCAGUGGGGAGCUCCUGCCAAUAAAAUGUUUCUGAGGAUGUU